AUGAAGGAGAGGAAAUACCUUACGAUUCUCUCUCUCUCUCUCUCUCUCUCUCAAUCUCUCUGUAGAAUUCUAAAUCAGAUUGACAGAAAUGGGCAUUCCGUCAAACAUAAGGGAUGCAUGGGGAAAUCGCAGGCAAUCUCCGUUGAUUGCUUCCCCGGCUGAAGAGCAGAAGAUCAUGAACGCAAGACAUUGUACUCAAGAAGGUGUUCGUGCGGGAGCCAAGGCAGCUGCAAUUGCAUGUGUCGCCAGUGCUGUGCCUACGUUGGUUGCUGUUCGUAGUGUUCCUUGGGCAAAGGCAAACCUCAACUAUACUGCUCAGGCACUCAUUAUAUCUGCUGCCUCCAUUGCUGCAUACUUCAUCACGGCGGACAAAACCAUCUUGGAAUGCGCUCGAAGAAAUGCACACUACGAUAAAUCAGCUUAAUACGUAGGAUCUCCUGCUCCAUCCCAGAAUCAUGUCGGAGUCAUCUCAUUUUGGGAGUAGAUUUGAUGUUGUUGUAUCUUCAAAAAUCUUAAUACGAACAAUAAUUCCGUGUUUGAAGACACUCUGCAAUACUAAAAAAAUUAAUAUUAGUUGUGCAGUAUUUGUAUAUUAAAUAACAAGAGAUAAGUAGGAGAUAGAAGAGAGAGGUAGGUGUUGUAGUUGAAUUGUUUGGCAUUAGAGGCCGUGCAGAGAAAUUGAUGUUUUUG